UAGGCGCUUCAGUCUCUGCUUGGGACGCGAAGGUUCAAGAGCGCGGCUUUACGAACGGAUCCUCUCGGAUUACGCGAGGCGCGCAUAUACAAAGAGAGAAAGAGAGAGAGAGAGAGAGAGAGAGAGAGAGAGAGAGAGAGAGAAAGAGAAAGAGAAAAAGAGAAUAUAUACACAGAGAUAGAUAACGGCGAUCCUCAUAGUUGACAUCGUUUACGUACCUUACGCAGAUGCCAAAAGAGGAAGAGUUUGAAUUUGAAGAAAACGACGAAGUAGGAAUUUGUCUUUAAUUGAAGAUUUUCAUCUUUUUCUUUGGCUCUUUUUCGUUCCUUCGAUCAGCCUAAUCAUCCCCCACUCGUAACCGAAGACGACGCCUUUGCGUCGCGACGCCGUCUUUUCUUUUUUUUUUUUCUCUUCUCUAGUUUACUCUACUCUACUUUAUUCUUCUCUCUCUCUCUCUCUUUCUCUCCCUUUUUAUCUAUCUUUGUCUGAAGAUCACUAAUCGAGCGACUCAAUUCACACACGCUCGUUGCUCUCGGGAAAUUUCGUGAUGUAGGCGUUCGAGUAGCAAUCAUAGUGACAGAGCCGACCUACCGCUCGUGUUUGCUUCGACGAAGAGAUAAUAAUAUUCCGGUGUGGCUCAUGCGAUUUUUCUCGCGGGUGUUAAUCGACUACGCCAAUCGCUUUAGAGGAUCCUCGCUCUGCUAGACAACGCAUUCAUUAAGAAUCAUCGAUCAUGGCGGUACUACUGGAAGCCAGGCCGUACAGGCCUUUUAAAUCUUCAGAGGAGUAUUUGGUCGCAAUGAAGGAGGACUUGGCCGAAUGGUUGAAUGCACUUUAUCCAGAACUUAGAAUCAAUGUUGACAAUUUUAUGGACCGAUUGGAUACUGGCGUGGCAUUAUGCAAACACGCAAACAACGUAAGGAAAUCAGCAGCUGAAUACGUGGCACGUAGACAAGCACGAAAAAUUUCGAUGACGCGUUCGAUAACGUCGUCAUUGGCUUUACCUAUGUCCCAAUUGAGCGACGUAGCCUUUUUACCAAAUGCAAAAGCUGGAACCUUUUUUGCCCGUGACAACGUCUCAAAUUUCAUUGGUUGGUGCCGUAACAGUCUUGGUAUCAUCGAAUGUCUUCUCUUCGAGACCGACGAUCUGAUAAUGCGGAAGAACGAGAGGCACGUGAUACUCUGCAUGCUCGAGGUGGCGAGGCGCGGUGCAAAAUUUGGUAUGCUCGCGCCGAUGUUGGUCCAAAUGGAAAGACAGAUCGAUCGUGAGAUCGCUGCUGAAAACAAAGCUGCCAACGGUACGCAAACCAAUGGUAAUUCGAACGAGGACAGCGACGACGACGAAUAUGCCGACAUGCAUCAGGAAGAACCUUGCCUCAUUUACGGUCCCCAGCCACAGAUCGUUACUAACGAUCUCAAGAGUCUCGACGAGAUGGUUCGAGAUUUAGUCGAGAGAUGCACGUGCCCGACACAAUUCCCAAUGAUUCGUGUAUCCGAAGGGAAAUAUCGCAUUGGAGACACCAAAGUUCUCAUAUUUGUUCGUAUUCUACGUAGUCACGUUAUGGUACGUGUUGGAGGUGGUUGGGAUACACUAAGUCAUUAUUUGGACAAGCACGAUCCCUGCCGAUGCAGAACUUCACAUCGUUCGAUGAUAUCCGCAAAAUUAAUUCAAAAGGCCGGUGGCUCGUUCGAUCUCGGGAGUGCGCAGGUGCAUUACGAAAGAUCACCUCCAAGGACUCGAAGAAGUUCCGCGUCGAGCGUUGGUUCUUGCGCUGGGACGACGUUGCAGAAUCAACAAUCGGCAGCAGCGGCUGCGGCAGCGGCUGCGGCAGCUGCUGCAGCAACUACAGCUAUUGGUACUGUUGGACAGCUGCACGCGCCCAGAAGCGUUUCAAGCAAUCGCUCGAGAUCGCCCACACCUCAGCAAACCAACAAGCAUCAUCAUCAGUAUCAACAUCCACACCAAUAUCAACAUCACCAUCAACAACAACAACAACAACAACAACAGCAGCAACAGCAGCAGCAACAGUUGGGAGAUGAUCAACAGAAAAAGAUAAAUCGUUCGAGGAGUCCAACUCCACAAAGGAAAUUUUUGAACAGUCCGAGUCAUCAUCAACAAGGUACAACUAUUGGUGACUUAGGGAAACAAAGAUCAAGGUCACCCACUCCUAAGGUAAUCUUGAGAUCUAAAAGUCCAACUCCUAAGGUGGAUCAACAUGUCAAGAUCGCCAAUACUGUCGUUGAUUCACCCAGAAAGAUCUUCAAUGACGAUUCUCGAACUCUCGUCGGUCAGGCCAAACAUUCGUCGGAUCCGAAGAGAGAGUUGCACCAGGAGAUCAAAGCGAAAGUGCCGCUUUCGGAGGAGUUCACGAGGAGAUACGUGGUUGAUGGAGGAGUAGCACGUAGGGCGGUCGAAAGGGAAGACACACCGAAAUACGAGCCAACGAUUUACAAUUACAAGUGCCGAGAGGAUUCGAGCAGUCGUAGCCCUACUCCAAGUCCGCCCGCCAUUAAGGAAGAACCGGCAUUGGAAAGUUUUACAAAGGACACAACCACGGUCACCUCCAAUGUUCAUUACGCAAAAUCACUUCACGGGGAUGGGGAACAUUCGGACAAUUGUAGCGAAGUAUCAGACGAGGGCUAUCGAAGCCUCGGUGCCGUACAAUCAUCAACCACGGCCAAUGGAAAUUCUGCUUCGAACGUUCAAUCAUCACCGACGGUUGCCGAUUCUCAAAAGCAACCCACGAAAACGGAGCAGCAAAACGAGGAGAGAUCCUGCGUAGAAACUGAAAGUAUCGAGACUGGUCUACGAAAGACUAGAAUAGGACCGGGUAGUCCAUUGAGAGCUUCACCAGCUAGAAGCGUGGCAUCAUCUUCCGGUGAUAGAACGCCAAGAGCUGGUUCGGUAAUACGAGAGAACAGUAACGUAUCGAGAGCAUCGUCGGGUAGCAGAACUCCAAGGGAAAGUAAUUCAAGUCCCGAAGGUAGUCCAUUGAAACGUGGAACGAUUAGAAACAGUUUACGAAAGCCACCAACUGGUAGUCUGAGUAAAGCUUCGGCGUUACCGAAGUCCAGUCAUCUUAGCACCAGCGGUAGUAAUACGUGGAAUGGUCGACAGGCUAGACAGAGGCCUAGUUUGCAAUCCGACACCUUUUUGAAUCCACAAGGAUCGGCAACCUGUGCGACUACGCCGAGCUUUUCGAGAAAGAGUACAGUAAGACAAAGUCUACCGAGGCCUGCCAGCAACAACGGUGGACCACAAUACGAUAGAAACGGUCGUAGAAUUAAACAAUCGGCAACUGGUUCUCUUCAAUCGUCACCUACUAAAGUGGCCAAUCCAUUGUUGGAACAGAUUCUACAAAAAGUUGGCCAUUUGCGGGACGAUCGUGAGGUUGUACAAAAAUUGCAGGAUCUAUUAAGGGAUUAUCAGGUUAACAGUCUUGGUGAGAAUGAUCCCACCCUUGAUUUUACAAGAGCUUGGAUAGACGGCAAUGGAACCGUUGCUCUUCCUCAGGAUAAUCAAAUAGUUGCUAGCCCAAGAAAGGAUCCCAAGGCUGCUUCGGAAAGGGGUGGCUUCUCAAGGAUACCAGCGCCCAUUUACAAAAGGCCCAUGUCCGUCGCCUCGGACAGCGUCUGAGAAUGGUCCUUUAUCCUUAAACGGGAAAACAAUCAUCGAUCAUCGGUUAUAUCAUUUCGUAAUAUACCGAUUCGGUGAUCCAACGAAAAUUAUAUUUUUUCCUCUUGAAUUUUUCUUCUUUCUUUUAUAACGACGAUAAUUAAUGUUUCAUCGUGAAAAUAAUAUAUACGUACGUACAUAUAUAUAUAUAUAUAUAUAUAUAUAUAUAUAUAUAUAUAUAUAUAUAUAUAUAUCGUCUCGUUUGUCUUUCACGAAGCUAUUAGAUUUUUAUUUUGUAACGUUUAACGAAAAGAAAAAUUUAAGAUAAAUCUCGUUUAAAAAUUUUUUAAUGGUGCACGGGUUAAUCGGUAUCUUACGAGAAAUGACGAUGAUAUAUAUGCGCGGAUAUUAAUGAUAAUUACGAUGCCGGUGCUCGGACGAUGAUGGUGCUUGAACGAUACGCGAAUAUAUUUCGAUUUCGAUUUCGAUUUCGAUUUCGUAGAAACCUCGGUGUUUAGAUUUGUCGAACGAACUGAAUGAACGAAAUCAAUGACGAGAUUCGAUUAUCGAAGAACGGCUAAAAUUUUAAUGAAGGUAUUUGCCGAUCUUGCGUAUUAUUACUAUUAAUUACUAUUAUUACUAUUACUACUACUACUACUAACUACUACUACUACUACUACUACUACUACUAUUACUACUACUACUACUACUACUACCACUACUACUACCACUACUACUACUACCAGUACUACUACUACUACUACUACUACUACUAUUGCUGCUGCUACUAUUGCUGCUACGAUAACUUCCCAAUCGAACUCGUACUUGAAAAGGGACGACUCUCCUCUUCUUUUCUUUUUUUCCACGAACGAAACGAGUCUAAUCUUUCGAUUAUAUUAUAUUGACUGAUUGAUUGAUUGAUUGAUUGACUGAUUGAUUGAUUGAUUGAUUGAUUGAUUGAUUGAUUGAUUAUCGACGGUGAGAAAAAUAAAAACAAUAAAGAAAAAAGGGGAAGAGAAAAAAAAAUUGCAAACACGAUAAAUCAAUAUAUACCGUAUAAUCUUUGAAUCGAUCAUUCUCCUUCGAUAAGCUCGACCCACGAGAUUAUCAUUGACGAGCUAUCGAGAACAGGUGUAAAGGUAAGAGCGAGAGAGAGAGAGAGACAGAGAGAGAGAGCGAGAGAGAGAAAAAAGAGAGUAGGCUCGUUUCGUUGAAAAAGGAGAGAGAACACUUGCGCGUUUCCGUGGGUUCGGCUCGACCCUUCAAGGUCGAUCACUCGAAAACUCGAAGGUGUUGCGCGUCACGAGGUGCUUUUUUUAGAUUAGUAAGCGAGAUCAACGAUGACGACGAUGAUGACGAUGACGACGACGACGAUGACGACGACGAACUUCAUGAUCCUCUCGGUUUUCAAUUUUUCCAAAUCCAAAAAGUUUUCCUCGUUAAUUAUAACAAUAUAAUAUUAAAAUAUUUUUACGAUAUUCGUUUUAAUCAUUAAAUCCCAUACUUGUUAUCAAUACGUUUAUUUACUUUUUCCUAACCUUUAUCUUUCAUCCUUUACGUCUGACAUUUCAUUUUUUCUCCUCGAGAAAAAUAUUCAAAAAUUUUCUUAACCAAAUCACACAUACAAUACAUAUAAAUGCAGACGUACAAUCAGAAAGACCUUGCUCGUCGUCGAUCGUCGUCAUCGCUCGCGAUCCGUGUGUGUUUAUUAUUGAAAUUAAUUUAUUAAUUAUAUAGUCUAUCGGUUGUAUUUAUUGAACAGAGAGAUAGAUAGAGAGGAAAAGAGACAGAGACAGAGAGAGAGAGAGGGGGGGAGGGGGAAGGGAGGGAGGAUUUAUUUACGCGUUAAGACCUCGCUUACCUGGCCGAUCGUACGACUGUGGUCAAGGACAAAGAGACGCGAGGAUGGACGGGUUUUCGAUAAAGAAGGAGCUCAGAAAGGAAAAAAGAAAUACAAAAAAAAAAAAAAAAGAACAAAAAAAGAAAACAAAAUAAAAGAGAUUACAAUUAUUCGUCCCUUUUUCUUUCUCUCUCUCUCUCUCUCUCUCUCUCUCUCUCUUUCUCUCUCAAUUGUAAGUCUCGCUCUCGUUUCAAACGUUGUCGAAUAUUUCGAAGGAAGUGAAUAAUUUAGAAUUGUCUGGGGGCAAAAAAAAAAAAAAAAGAAAAAAGAAAUAUCCUUCCUCGUGUUCGAAAAGAAAAAAAAAAAAAAAAAA